GGUACACGGAUUUGGUCGAAAACUUCACUGAAACUGGCAUUUUUGGAGCGGAGCUGAUAUUGGAGACGUUCAAAAUGGAUUAAAAGCAGAAAUGUUUGCUGUAAGGUGGAGACGACAACAUUAAUUCGGGAGCAAUUUUGUGGACGCACCGUGUACACUACUUUGGAGCCUGUACGUCAUGUCUGCCGACAGCACUGGCGGUCGGAGACACAGCUCGGGCCCUGGCAGCUACCGGCAUGGACCCAGCCGGAGCAGCAGCCAGAGGUCGUCCUACGAGGAGCGCUGUGUUGACCCGGUGGAAGACAGGCUCCCGACUCCAGAGCCAAAGACAGUCCACAAAGCCAACCUGAAAGAUGCGAACGGAAGGGAGUCUGAGACCAUCGGCUUCGUCCCCGGCUCAGCUGACCCUUCCUCUGCCACACAAACCUGCAAUCCCUGCGCUUCUCCAAGGGGCUGUAGGACCUUUAUGUGCAGCGUGCUCACCUGCGGCCUGUAUCGGGUCUGCCAGCGCUCCAUCCUCGCUCCGUGCCUGGCGCCAAACGAGAGCUCCCCAGACGAACCAGAGAAGGUGAGCCUCCGAGCCGCGAACCCCGGAGAGCGCAAAGAAGAAGAGGACGGCGCGGACUGGCUGGAGGACGUCCACUUCGCCGGAGUCAAAGUUGACAGCCCGAGAGCGUAUUUAGACGUUGAAACCAAAUCUACAUCAUAUGUGCUUCCGUCUGGCGGUCCGACACAGCCCAUCCAUCCGUCCAUGCAUGAGUCUAUGAGGUUCGAUGACUGGGAGGAUGGCGAGGAGAACGUGGACUCUCUGAUCACCAAGAAGCUGCUGGAGCUCUACUCUGAGUAUCAGAUCGAAGAGUUGGCCAGGUGCACCUCGGACUCCGUGUUUCUGAAGAAAAGCAAGGCCAUCAACCAGCUCAUCAACUCGCUGGCAGAGGAGCACAAGAUGGACGAGCAGGAGGCCGAGUGUCGGCUGGUGCGCGGCAUCAUCCGCAUCAGCACUCGGAAGAGUACGAAGAAGAGGCCGCCCAUCACGAGGAGGGAGAGGACGCUGUCGGACAGCGGGAACGAGACAAUGAGGGACAGCGGUUCCUUUUCGUUCAGCAACAACAAUGACUACAAAUCAAAUCCAAACAUCCAAAUAUCAGAACUGACCUCCUCUGACAAGUGUGCCAGAGAGAUGUGGAGGAACAAUGGAGGUCAUACUUCUGGUUCUCCGACCACCUACUCACCCUCUCACACAGAAACUAAUUCUUCAGGUGUCCCACUAAUUCGCACCUCUGUGAGAACAUGAUUCCUGCUCUGCACUGGCGAUCUAUGCUUGAAUUAUUUGUCAUGCCGUGUCCACAACGUCACAUAUGGGACGUUGAAAGGCGACACUACUUGCACAGGAGUCUGGCUGAGCCGAGCUCUUUGUAAAGACCAUGGCGUCGCUGUUUCCAAAGCCACGUCAUGAAGAUGUGAUAAUCCACAUUGUCUGAAGGACUUCAGUGAACUCAGGGCUCUGUGUGUAGAUAUUUAUGGUUGAUGAAUAUUAUGUGUAUAUUUGAAGGAUUGCUUUAUUGAGAGCUUGCCCUGCAGGCAGAUAUCACCAGCAGCUCUCAGUGGCUCUUAGAUAUUUUAUCACGGUUAACCGUCCCCUCGUCCUUGAAGGAAGAACCGAGUUCUGUUCUGACCUCUGGUUAUUCUGCUGUUAUUAUGCAGAAGACAUUUGGAUUUAGUUUUGUAAAAAGAAAGUACAGAGCUGUAUUACAUCACCAUAGAUUUUAUUUUAAAGUAAUUUGUAUGAUUUUAAAGUGUAUUCAAUGCGUUCAAUUCAGUGGUUAUGUAACAAAGAAUCAUUCUGGAAAAUUAUGUUCUGAUAGUUUUUCAUAAUUUGACAUAUUUCAAAUCGAUGUAAGAGUGCAUAGAAGUGGCAAUAGUGUAAAAAGAUGAAGUAACAAUCAUUGUCAGGAAGAAAAAGUAGUUUAGUUCAAAAUCCUGUAUAUUAUAAUAUUGGUUGGGUGAGUUUUUUUAUGUAUGCGUGGUCGGGCAUGCUUUAUUUGCUUUCUUGCAGGGAGUUAUACGCUACACCCAAUUAGCUUAGCUUGGAAAAGAGUGGAAAAGCUAGCAUGGUUCUGUCCGAAGGUAACACGCUCACUAAUUAACACAUUAUAUUUUGUUUUUUGUUUUUCCGUACAAAAACAAAGUGUACUAUUCUGUUUCUGUAAUUUAAUAUUAAGAAAAAUAGAGCAUGUUAAUGAUUGAGCUUUAAGGUCUUAAGACAGUAAUUCAUCUCAGUCAGCAGCACAACCACCAGUCUCUUUCCCUCUCUCUCAAACAAACGGACACAAAACAAAGGAAGCUUCUUGGUAUCGCUAUUUACAGCAUGGACUGUAAGCCAGACACAGACAUUGAAGCUGGGUACCCAAAAUAAACCAAGAGAGGACAUAACUGGGAGAGUAUCAUAGUUUGGUCCACAAAGUCUGUCUGGUUAGCGCCCAGUUUCAGUGAUAUUUCAGGCUAACUGUGGCUAGCGGUCUGGUCGCCGUAAUAGCCACCACAUUCUGACGUCGCGCCAAUUUUUUAGCUCACUUAUUGACACGUUAUAUUUUGUUUAUUUAUUCUGUAGAAAAACCAAUGUGUAAAAACAUCAAGUUAUGGUUUUUGAGGGGUUAUCAGUGGGCUAUUUCUCUGCCACAAUUAGUUGUAUUUGCAGUUCUGUUUCUGUAAUUAAAAAUGAGAUUGAGCAUGUUAAUGAGUGGGCUUUAAAAGGUGCUGGUGGGUGUAUUUUGUUGCCUUUGGACAGAGCCAGGCUAGCUGCUUCCCACUGUUUCCAGUCUUUAUGCUAAGCUAAGCUAACUGACUGCUUAUUUUUACCACACAGAUGUGAGAGUAGUAAAUAAUAUUAGUUUGUUUCCAUGAGAAAAUGUAUGGAAAAAGCUAGUGGACCUUGACUUUUUUGUUCUUUUUUAUGUCAAAGUCUAUGGUUUAUGAUGUUCAUACAAUGCAUGUGGAGUGUGAUUUUAUUUUCCCAAAGCAUAUUGUUAUUAGUGUUAUAAAAAGAGGCUCAUAUGAAGCAGAUAGCUCUUACGUUAACCAGGUGUUUGAUGCAUUCUGGGUACUGUUUGUGGCCUUCCCAUCUGCAACUCAAGCUCUCAAAUUGAAAGACGUCAUGAAAGCUGGUUUGAACUGUAGCUAGUCUCUCGGUUGCAUCAUGUACUAUUAACUAUAAUUUAUAAAUGAAUCAUUAUAUACCAAGCUGACUCAUGAAGUGAAUGUCUCCAACAUGCUCACCGUGUUUGCUCCUGAGUGCUGAUGGGAAUUUGGCCAGCUGACUCAGUGAAAUUUUUUCAGCUCUGUGUCGUUCUUAUCAGCGUUAGAUUACGCACCCUAUUGUAGUGCCUUCAGUUAAUGCACAUAUUGUAAACGUGGUUUUACUGUCCAGACUACAUCUAUCCUCUUGUGACCUAUUUUAAAAGUAUACUGAAUUAACUACUUAUACAGUAUAUUUUUAGUGUGUCAAGAAUCUGGCAGCAACACCCGGGUGGUUAUAAUGAAAUGGUGUGAAACUGGUUGCUCUGGUUUUGACCAAGAAGCACAAAACAUCACUCGAUUAUUUAGGAUGCGAUGAAUGUGUAUACUAACGGCUAACUGUAACUGUCCUAAUUUACUUGUUGAGCUGUCUGCUGAAGCAUAGCAUUUGUGUUUUCAUUCACACAUCUACAUUCUCUGAAGGUUUGCUAAUUUUCCUAGUAUAAUGCUUGGGCCUUUAACUGAGGUAUGGUACUUUAUAUUUUCCAGCAAAGGUGUGUGUAAGCUGUCUUUUAACUGAUGUGCCAUUGUAAAAACAGUAAAGUAAAUGAAGUGA